AAUAUCUCUACUAAAAUGGAAUCACAGGAAGACGCAUUAAAACCAUACUACAAUAUGAGGUGAAAAUCGUUUUAAUGUUCGUAGAACUUGGGUGGCAAUAUGACAGUUUGGGUGGGAGGGGUGAUAGCCUCACAUCGCAUACCCAGGAGACUCCCGUUGCCUUUGUACGCUCCACGCAAAUUCCCGAAUAACAGAACUCCAAGACCCAUUAAAGCAAGCUUAAUCGUCAUUACAGACAAUUUGAAAAAAAAGCCUGUAUUUGUUUGCAUUCUAUCUGCCAUUUUGUGUUUUGGCCAUGUGCUGCACAUCCCCAUCGACAGGGGCAAUGGAAUUGCAGAAGCAUCGGGACUAUUUCUGAUGCCUCCUGCUAAACUUGGCAACAGGUAUUACCUGGUGAGAUCAGGUGAAUCGGUGUAUGAGAACAAGGGACUUAUUAACACCAAUCCUGUUGCAAAGACAUCAGUGGACAGUGGGCUUUCGGAUGAAGGUGAGAAGCAGAUAGUGAAGGCUGCGUUGGAAUUGGAAGCCAUGGGGGCCUGCAAAGGGAGCUGUUGGAUAUGGGCUUCCAUCACUCAACGUGCAUACCAGUCUGCAGAAAUAAUUGCUUCCAUUAAUUUCGUGGAUCGCAGAAACGUUCAAGAACCUUUUUAUUACCCCACAGAAAACAGUUACGGAAGGAAACAGACAAAUAAUGUUAUCAGCAAGGGCUAUCUGAAUACAGAUAAGAGCACUUAG